GCGAGCGCUAAAGCAGUGGAAUGGUGGGCACAUUUGUCGGCGACGGCCGCUUCGUCGGCGACGGCGGCGCGGCACUCCAGUGUUUGUGGAGCCAGUGGAAGUGGAAGAUGAUUCCCAACUGCCCGGGACGGUACAUUGUCAAGAAGAACCGCGACAUUGUGCGAUUGCACCUCGCAGAUCUCGUUGCUUUGCUGAAUUUAGACGUCGUCGACGACGAGACGGCGCUUGCUGGCGGUCUCGCGUUGUCGUUGACGGGGCCGGUUCGACUGCUUCAGACGACGAGUCCGGUGAUUGCCGACACGGUUGGCGUCGCGCUCUUCCCUGGCGGUGGCGGUGUCAUCACCUACUGCAAGCCCACAGGAGAUUACGUCCACACGCUCAACACCCACAGUGGGCUCGCGCGCAAGCUUGCAGGUCUUCGUUUGAUUUCAAGCUCAGAGCCACCGUUGGAUCCGAGUGAUUAACCAGUGACAACAAGAUGGCGAGGCAUGAAAGGUCUUUCAAAG